UCAGGAUAUGUCAAGUACAAAUAAAGUUUCUUAGAUAAAAAUGUGAACCAAACCAGACUGUACACACAAAAUUGAAAAAAAAAAAAAUAGUCUGCGGUCAAGUACAGUGAACGCAUGACACUGGGUGAUGUGAAGAUCUACGGUGAGGAUGGAAGGAGCCCAUAUUUGUCCCUGUAUACGGGUUGCUUUAUGAGCCACCCGACUAGUGGGUGGUAAGUGGUAACCUGAUUCAAAAUUGAUUUCACAUCUUCUUCCUUUCUCCUGUCAAGCCGUAGAGGAAAAAAAUCGUCUGGUUUUCUGAAGUCUCUGAUCUUGGAGAAACCAACCAAAUCAUGCUGAGGAGGGGAAAUUGACGCCAGAAACCAUCGCAAAUCCUCUCUGCUUCGUUAUACUGGAAGGUUUCUAUAAAGGCUGCUGAAGAGUCUCACGAGAGUAUCCUUCCUUGUUGAUCAAUGUUGCGUUUUUUCUGCAAAACUCUGCUUAUAACGAAAUCUAAAGAUUCUACGAUUAGCCAUGCACUUUUUCUUCGAACAAUAUCAUCCAAAGAGUCAACCUCAGGAACCUUGGGCUCCAUAAACAAAGAAAAUCUCACCAUCUCUUACCUCAUGAAUUCAUGUGGUUUGCCUUUCAAAGCCGCUACUUCAAUGGCGCAAAAGAUCCGUAUCGUGACCACAGAGAGACCGGACUCUGUCAUUGAGCUUUUACAAACGAAUGGAUUCACCAAAACCCACAUUGCUAAUCUGUUAGCGACGUACCCACGGCUGCUUUUCGCCGAUCCCGUGAAAACCCUACAACCCAAAAUCGAGUUCUUUCAAUCUUUGGGCUUUUCAGGAUCUGACCUUGCUAAGUUCCUCUGCUCAGACAAAGCCAUCCUGCUCAGAAGCUUAGAAAAGCAAAUAAUCCCGACCUUAAAUUUCCUCAAAACCUUCAUCCACACCGACGAGAACCUUACCACUGCUCUCAAACGAUACAGCAGCGUCGUUUGUUGUAACGUUGAGAAAACUUUGGAGCCCAACAUUGCUACCUUGCGAGGUUACGGUGUGCCCAAAUCCAAUAUUUCGAAGAUGUUUACCAUCCAACCCAAGCCACUGACGCUUAGUGAUGGGCGGUUUAACGAUGUUGCGGCAAUGGUGAACGAAAUGGGUUUUGAUCCCAACAGUCUUUCAUUCAUCCUAGCCCUUGGCUCUAUGUCGGCGACUAACAAACAGAAGUGGGAAAGGAAAAGGGAGGCCUUUAAGAGCUUUGGUUGGUCUGAUGACGAAUUUCUUCUGGCCUUUAAGGUACAGCCGAUGGUCAUGCGCACUUCAGAGAAGAAGCUCGUGAAAUUGAUGAAUUUCUUUGUGAACGACCUAUAUUUGAGUCCAUCAGAUGUUGCGAAAUACCCAAACCUUUUCUUACUAAGCUUGGAAAGGAGAAUCAUUCCGAGGUGUUCAGUGCUUCAAGUUCUGAUGUCCAAGGGUCUUAUUGAGAAGGAUUUGAAUUUACUUUCUGCGCUUAAUGAUAAUAAAAAGAGUUUUGAGAAGAGGUUUGUCACUAGAUAUGAGGGGGAAGCCCCUGAGAUAAUCAAGGCAUACGAAGGUGAGAUGGGAUUUCUAGGAUUUGGCAGUUGACAUUGUGCUGUUGAAGAUGAUGGAAGAAUUAAGUAAAUGAAUUGAAGGGGCCUCAAGACAGAUCGAUGACACCCAUGGAUUUGUCAAGUUAUUGAGAGGUUCUGGUGCUGAACAAAGAGCUUGAAUGGAGGUGGCUUAUCAUUUGGUGCCAUAUUUGCGACGGUUUUAGUAUUUUCAUAUGGUACUAUGGUUGCAUGGAUCUAGAGCAGCAAAUGGUGUUGUUUGAUGCCUGAAAUCGUGACAGAUUUAAUGAAACAUUAUGAUGCUGAUGAAGCUUAUCUGAAACUACGUUUGCCUUUGUUAUGAGGGCAAUUGACAUCUGGUGAUCAAUUGAAGUUUUCUCAUCCUCCAUUGGUGGGCCAAAAUGAGCUACUUGCUUUUGAAGGAUGUUGCUGCAGUGGUGAACAAUAUGGGUUUUGAUCCCAACAGUCGUUCAUUCGUCCUAGCCAUCUUCUCUAGAUCGGUGAUGAGCAAACAGAGCUGGGAGAGGAAAAGGGAGGCCUUAAAGAGCUUUGGUUGGUCUGAUGACAGAAUUUCUUUUGGCCUUUAAGGUACAACCGCUUUUCAUGGUUACUUCGGAGAAGUUGUUUGGGAAAGUGAUAGAUUUCUUUGUGAAGGACCUGCAUUUGAAGCCAUCAGACAUUGCGAAAUACCGAACCUUUUCUUACUAAGUUUGGAAAGGAGAAUCAUUCCCAGGUGUUCACUGCUGCAAUUUCUGAUUUCCAAGGGUCUAAUUAAGAAGGAUGUGAAUAUAGCUUCAGUACUGAAUUCUAAUAAAAAAGUAUUUUGAGAAGAGGUUUGUCACUAGAUUUGAGGGGGAAGCCCCUGAGGUAAUCAAAGCAUAUGAAGGUGAGAUGGGAUUUCUAGGAGUUGAUAGGUGACACUGGUGUUGAAGAUUGUGGAAGAAUUAAGCAAAUGAAUUGGAGGAGUCCCAAGAUGGAUCAAUCACCAUCGUUGUCAUCGAGGAUUUGUCAAGUGUUUGGGAGGUUCUGUUGCUGAACAAAGGGUUUGGAUGGAGGUGGCUUAUCAUUUUGUGCCUCAGUGUGGUGGUGGUUCACCAUGGUAGCAUGGUUAUAGAGCAGCAAAUGGUGUUGUUUGAUGCCUGAAAUUCUGACAGAUUUGAUGAAACAUUGCGAUGCUAAGGCUGAUCUGAAACCCAGUAUAUAUCCAGUUUGUCGUCGUUAGGAGGGCAACUGGCAUCUGUGAUCAGCUGAAGUUUCAUCAUCCUUCUAUGAUUGCCAAAAGGUUGGCUACUUUCUUCUAAGUAUCAAGAAUUCUUUGCUUGGGCCAUUUAGGCAGUUCAGGGAAAUCUAUAGUGCAUGUCCUGCCCUUACAACAUUUAGUUUAGUGGGGAAGAGUUCUCUGUCUGGGAAUGUGGCUCCUGCACCAUCGUUGGGGCCAAUGAGAGCACAACUGGAAGCAUCAAUAGGGUGGGCAUGUUUGGAGUCCUUAUAUGAAUUGAGUGCAUGAAAUAUUUUACUCUCUCAUUCUUUUGGUAGAAACAUUUUAGUUACUCUCACCUUCCCUACCUCAUUACCCCUAAGUAUGUCAACUGACAAAAUUUAAAUGUGCUUCAAAGUCAUGAGUUACAAAUGGAGGUAGACAAUGCUUUUUUGCUUGCAGAUACUUCACUUUAUUUCCUUCUUACAAAUGAAAGCUUGCUGACAUAGGAUGUUAGUAUGUUGGCUUCAUUGCAAUUUUCUUUCUUUUUCCAGAGAAAAAUGGCAAAUCCCAUAAUGUGUCUAUGUUGUCGAUAUCACCACCCCAAGUUUCAGCCAAAUUAAACUUCACCAUAUGUACAUAAGGUUGAAAAAAUAUAGCUGAGAUAUUGAGUUGGUCUACCAAAAUUUUUCCUUUGAUCCAUCUGAAAGACCUAGGCUCCUUUGGUUGCAAGCGAAGGGGAGACCGGGAGAGGGAAGGGAAAUAUUUGUCACUCAAGAAAAUAUUUGCAAUUCCCUUGCAAUUGGUAUUUUCAGAAGCUAUGUAUCUUGACCAAUCCGAUAUCGAUUCCUAGAACCCAGGUGAACACCAACAGUAAGAAUUGCCAAACAACUAUUCUAUACGGUAGAAGCCCAUCUUUAGACGAUAGUUCAAAAAAAAAAAAAAAAAAAAUCCAAAAUAUAAUAGAAAAUUAGAAGAAAUGAAAAGCUAAAAAUACAAUAAGAAAAAUACCAAGUGAAUAUGAUAGAAUUUGAACUCUAAAUUUUGGCAAAAGACCAGUCGAACCCAUUCCAUCAACAUCCAAUGGUUAGAAUUAUCACAUCACCUUAUAUGUAGCAUAGAUAUAAUCUCCAAGUUGUUCAACUUAGUUAUCAGAUCCUCUCCAACUGCGUUGGAUGCACAUUUGAUGGUUGGGAGUCUCUUGAAGUGUACACCCAAGUGGUGGAGUAUGUUGUCGUUCAAUGUCGCUGGGUGCCUGCACGGCUCUCCGAUCAAAAUCGAUGCAUCCUCUUAACCUUGCUCCAUUUGUACCCAAAAAAAAAACCCUUCGCUCAAUGUCUAAAAUGUAGUGAACAAAUAAUGUCGAGAUGAAAAUAGGGGGUGGCUUGGGUUGGGACCGGGUCAGAAAGGGGCGGUUCAAUUUUUCGGUUGGACCUCCGAUUCUGCUCAUGUUUUUUGAAACUCUAAAAAGCUACGCUUCGAACUGUUUCCGACUUCUUCUCCGAGGGUCGCAUUUUAGGGUUUCAUACGAAGAAACGAAAUCAUUCUCAGGAGGAAUCGUCUGCACAAACCACUGCUAAUCCGCCCCACUUCUGGAUUUCUGGAAACUUGGAUUCCACAGACCCAAAAAAAUAUCACUGUCUCUUACCUCAUGAAUUCAUGUGGAUUGCCUUUCAAAACCGCUACUUCAUUGGCACAGAAGAUCCGCAUCGAGAUUACAGAAGGACCGGACUCUGUCAUUGAGCUCUUACAAACAAAUGGAUUCACUAAAACCCACAUUGCUAAUCUGAUAACAAAGUACCCACGACUGCUCUUCGCCAAUCCCGUCAAAACCCUUAAACCCAAGAUCGAGUUCUUUCAAUCUCUGGGCUUUUCAAGAUCUGAACUUGCGAAGUUCAUCUCCUCAGACAAAACCACCAUAAUCAUAAGCUUGCAAAAGCAAAUAAUCCCAACCGUAAAUUUCCUGAAAACCUUCAUCCACACCAACGAGAAACUCGUCAGUUCUCUCAAGCAAUCCAACCGGAUCGUUGGUUGUAGCAUUAAGAGAAUUUUGGAGCCUAACAUUGCAACCUUGCGAAGUUACGGUGUACCCGAUUCCAAUAUUUCGAUGACGAUCAUCCACCAACCCAAGCUACUGACACAGAGUGUUUCGCGGGUGAAGGAUGUUGCUGCAGUGGUGAACAAUAUGGGUUUUGAUCCCCACAGUCGUUCAUUCAUCGUAGCCAUUUUCUCUAUGUCGGCAAUGAGCAAACAGAGCUGGGAUAAUAAAAGGGAGACCUUAAAGAUCUUUGGUUGGUCUGAUGAAGAAUUUCUUUCGGCCUUUAAGGUACAGCCGCUUUUCAUUGUCACUUCAGAGAAGAAGCUUGGGAAACUGAUGGAUUUCUUUGUGAAGGACCUGCAUUUGAAGCCAUCAGAUAUUGCUAAAUGCCCAAACCUUUUCUUACUAAGUUUAGAAAGGAGAUUCAUUCCGAGGUGUUCAGUGUUGCAAGUUCUGAUGUCCAAGGGUCUUAUCAAGAAGGAUGUGAAUAUAGCUUCUGUGCUGAAUUCUAAUACAAAGUGUUUUGAGAAGAGGUUUGUCACUAGAUAUGAGGGGGAAGCCCCUGAGGUAAUCAAGGCAUACAAAGGUGAGAUGGGAUUUCUAGGAUUUGACAGUUGACACUGGUGUUGAAGAUGGUGGAAGAAUUAAGUAAAUGAAUUGAAGGAACCCGAGGACAGAUCAUUCGCAAUGGUGUAGUUGUCAAGUGUUUGGGAGCUUCUGGUGCUGAACAAAGGUCUUGGAUUGAGGUGACUUAUAAUUUAGUGCCUCAGGGGUUUUGGCUUUAGUAAUUUUAUGGUGGUAGUACCAUAGUAGCAUGGUUCUAGAGCAGCAAAUGAUGUUGUUUGAUGCCUGAAAUUCUUACAGAUUUUGAUGAAACGUUGCGAUGCUAUGGCUGAUCUGAAAUUCAGUAUAUAUCCUGUUUGUCAUCGUUAUGAGGGAAACUGGCAUCUGUGGUUUGAAGUUUCAUCAUCAGCUGCUAUCUUGUAAGUAUCAAGAAUUCUUUGCUUGGGGCAUUUAGGCAGUUUAGGGAAGUCCAUACCGUAUGUGCUGCCCUCGCAACAUUUAGUUUAAUCAAUGAAUUAAGUGCAUGAAACAUUUUACUUGCUCUCA